AUGAUAGAAGUCUCGACGAAUUCCAUGUGUUUCGACACCGUCGCAUCGACAAGUCGGCCGAAAAAUGAGCUCGCUAAAUCCGAUAUGACCCAAGUGGUUGCUCUGGCCGUUAUAAGCCGAUUGCACGAUUGGUGUGUCCAACUAUUUUGGAUUACGGUAUUCUGUGUGAUGGGCGUUUGUGGUGACGAAGAAUCACGGACGUCCAUCUACCAACUUCAUGAAAAGCAACAACAACAACAACGAUCGUCAUCAUCACGAAAACGAUCAAGCAUAGCCGAGAUUGAAAUGAAGUUGCUUCGCCACAUCACUUCACCACUAUUGACGAAUCUGCGACCAGUGGUGAAAUCGUCGAAAAAGCGACCCGCUUCUCGACCGCCUUCACCGCAAUUAUUCGAUAUCGAAGAAGAGUCUGAAGACUAA